GUGCAAACACGGGUUUAGGAUUUGUAUAAAUAAAUAAAUAUCCUCAGCUUCGGUGCGCGCUCACUCACUUCUUCCUCCAUCGCGAAAGGCACGUCAGAUCAAGGGAGCGUCUGUUUGAUUGGUCGCUCUCGAUUUGGGGCGAGAUGAGCCGGUCGCCCGCGACGGCGGACGGGAAGGAGUCUGGGCUCGACCGGUACGGCGCGCCGUCCAGAUCGCUGCUCGGGGAAGCGGACGCGGCGGCGCCCUCGAUCGGCCAGAUGUCGGAGACGAGCUUCUCGGCGCCGCGAGGCUCCUACGGGGAAGGUGGUGCGGAGUUCUCCGCCAAGGUGAGCGGUGGCGGAUCGGCUUUGCUCCGCCACAGCAGCUCGCCGGCGGGGUUCUUUUCCCAGCUCUUGAUGGAUGACGCUGCAGAAAUCAGGAGUUAUCCUCAAGCAAGCAAUGACAGUGUUCACCCAAUGACAAGUAGACAUUUGAGAUCUCAAUGGAACUUCUCAAGGAAUAGACUUUCACAAAUCUCUGAAAUGUGCAUUCCUGAAGUUGGAGACAGUGUUAACUGCAGCAGCAGCUCAGAUGAGGCUGCAGGGCAUGCCACAAAUUCCUAUAUUUCUGGCAAUUUUCAGUUAAGUUCAUGGACUGAUAGCAACUCAGUUAUGUUUUCUGCUGCUUGUGACCAGCGACUCAAAGACAAUAAUGGGGAUAGACUUGGCAGUUUUAGUCGCAUUGACUCUCAGUUUAGCUUGCCUAGUACUUCCUUGGAAAUAUCAAAUGUUGAGAAUUAUCUCCAGCUUCAACAAGAAUCGAUACCCUGCAAAGUACGAGCUAAGCGAGGUUGUGCAACCCAUCCCCGAAGCAUUGCUGAGAGGGAACGGAGAAACAGAAUUAGCAAACGAUUGCAUAAGCUGCAAGGUCUAGUGCCUAGUAUGGACAAGCAAACAAGCACAUCAGACAUGUUAGAGUUGGCAAUACAGUACAUCAAGGAACUGAGAAGCCAAGUGCAGAAACUUAAACAAGAACGAGCAGAUUGUACAUGCACCAGCAAGCAGUUGGUGGCUUGAUAUCUGAUCCAUUCAUGCAUAAGAUUGACCAUGUGGUAGAACAGUUUGUAUUUUUUUUUUCACUGCCUUAAGAUCAGAAGAAUGCUUUCUGAGCUUGUCUCAUAUUUCACAGGGACUCCUAGUUGUUUUCUUUUGUUUAUCAUUUUAGCCCUAACUUUCUCAAAUAUUGUGAUAUGCUGAAUCUUGUGUGAAACUUUAGUUUCCAUAAGUAUUGAAUUCCGAAAAACUAUAUGUUUCUUU